UUGUUUUUGAAAGCUUUUUACUAGCAAUUUUCAAUAGAUUUGAAAAAAAACACUUGUGUAUAAAUUAAUAUUGCUUUCUAAUUUAAAAGUCAGUGCUAACAGUGUAUCCAUGUUAUCCGAUUUCGCGUUGUCGCAGAAAGUUUUAUAAAGUUCUGAAAGUGUUUUGGAUUUUACCAUGCAGCCUAGGCCUUCGAAAAAGUAACGUUCGGUUCUCGAGUACACUUCAAAAAGCAAAAAUUUUCAAGUCUCGCGAAAAUCCUUCAUUUUCAAAUUUACAUAUUUGCUGUUCUAGAAUGACAUCUGCAUCAUUGUUAUCUAUUACUGUUUCUGCACGUUCGAUUUUUUCAAAUAUUCAUGAGUUGCUUCUAGCCAGCAUUACAAAAAUUGGUUUGAGGUCGUAACUCCAGUGAUAUUUGCGAAAACCAUGUCGAGGUUUGAUUCAACGAUCGAAUUUUGUUCGCCCUCUAGAAAACUGUAUCAAAACUUUAAUUUUAAACGUUUAUAUAUAGUAAUAGUGAGUAUAACAAAGGUUUCUGCACUGCUAGGUGGAUUAAUUCUGGUUUUUUACAAACCAAAAAAAACGUCAAAAAAUCUUUACAUCUCUUCUCUAUGUUUGAAAAUUUCGCAAUGAUUAAUGAAUUGUUACCUUAAAUAUGACUUUGUAAAAGCAGAAGAUAGGCACUAAGUUAGUAAAUAAUCUCUGUUACCACCUGAAAUAUUGAAAAAUAUCGAGCUUUCUAUGAUUAAACAUAACCAAUUUUUUCAACAUAUUCGCUCUAAUAAACAAUAGUUCAUAGUAUAUAGUGUUUUGACAACUUGAGCUGAAUAUCAUCCUCCCAGCAGCUUGAUAUAAAUUACAGUUCAGCUCACCUUUGAUGUAGUUGGCAAAAUGAUUUUUUAUACUACCGAAACGAUAAAAAAAAGUCACCGGAUUCAGACACAAACCGCCACCUCGGAGUGCCGUUGGAAAUCAACAUUAGAGCCGGCAAUAAAUUGUCCCCAACAAACUGUGCGCCAGCGUACAACAACUAGUAGACAUGACACAUGUUUCUAAUCCAAGCGAAACAACCGGAUCGUCUUACACGACUCACGGAAUUUCGGCAACCGGCAGAUUUUUUCGUGUUUUACUCAGGAUAAACUGUAUGGAUUUCCUGGUAAAAGAGCCACGUAGUUUUUAUUUUACUACGAAUUAUUUCGUAAUUUCGUACCGUUUUUGUCUCCGUUUCUAUCUGCUUCCAUUGGCGUUUUUAGAGCAAAUCCGUGAUGCACACUAGUCAACGUCACAGCAUAAACUGGCUGAAGAGAAUAUUUUAUUUGAGGUUCGUUUCAAAUGCAGGUAUUUUGAUGCAAAUAAAUAUCUCGAAUGGAUAACUAUAUUUGUUUACAUGUUUCAACGUGACAGCACAAAUAUGUUGUAAUUCCGAUUGCGUUCUCCCUAACAUUUGGGUGUCAUAAGAUCGGUGUCUUCAUUUCGGGGUCUCUCUCUAUUUUCAGCGGUAGAUCUAGGCCGCAAAGCCGAAACGAUAGCAAAGACAAUCACAAAUGGGGUGCGCGAAACUGUUUGCUCUGCACCUCGGGUGUCUUGCUUGUGCUUUACUUUGCUGCUGUUGUAGGUAUGUGUUGCUUCACGUAUCCGUACAAUAUAUUUUGCACACUGGCAACCACACUGUCUCCUCUGCUUGUCGGUUUGGUUUGCGCGAAUUUUCCGAUAAGCCGCAGCCAGCUUUAGCCCGAAGUAUGUCCGCUCUAGUCGUCGUCAGCAGCGCAGUCACUUCCUCUUUGUUUCGGCCGCGAGCUGACGGACGGCAGCCAGUGCUAGAAAGCGAAAUUGUUUGUGCGCGUGUUGGAGGAGUUCGUCGGACUUCUGCCGGCGGCGGCGCUUACAAAUCAAGUCAGUGCGUUCCGUGCGUGCGUGCGUGAUAGAUGGUAUGGCGGCGAACGAAGGAAACUGAGUUGAAAACAAUCGAGAUAAAACACGGACCGUCUAUUUUUAGAAAAGCCGAAAAUAUUUUGUUUCCUAAUUGCAUUUCACUGAACAAAUCUCGGUUGUGCAUACAAUGAAAAUGUGACUUUCGACCCCUCAGUGACCAACCGAACGGUGUUGUGUGUAAUCGCAAAUUAGAGGAUAUAAAAUCGCCCCCCACCGGAAGGUUAAGCUCAAAAUAGGUAGUGAUACAUGCACACGGCCAAGUCACAACAGCACAACAACCCGACGAGGAAACGCACAAGUGUAGUCAAGUGUACCAUUGAAAAAGUGAAAAGAAAAGCUGCCCAGUGAGAGAAGCCAACGUGAAUGGGCUGAAUCGAAGAGAAAACUGUCAAUUAUCAUAUUAAUCGACAAGCUAAAGUGUUUAGUAGAAAUAUUCUGCUCGCUUCACAUCAUCAAGAAACAAAUUAUUGUUUGCAGUUUCCAUUAGUAAAAGUCGACUAAUCGAACAACAUGUCGACUUCAUCGGUAGGCCACGAGGAGGAGCGGAAGCCGCUGAUGGAAGAGUUCUACCGACAGCGGCGGAUUCUGCUCGGUUGCACCAUGCUCAUAGGUGUCGCUGUGAUAGUGUGGAUCAUUGCCAUCUCAACCGAUCACUGGUUCAUUGUUACAGGUGGUCAAGGGAUCUUCAUACCAGACACCAGACGCUAUUUCAAAUCAUCACACUCUGGGCUGUGGAAAAUAUGCAGAUACGGCGUAACACCCACGGUGUUAGCCAACUCGAAUACGACACGCAAUUUCACCACGCUAUCCUACAUCAACGAGAACCGGAUCGCCAACAUGAAAAAGACAAUCGCCAAGGAAGACUACAUUCAGAGUUUUCUCGCGGAAGACCUGCGGGUGGACAAUCUAACCGACAUCGAUGACAACUUCCGGCGGCACCUGUUUGCCAGCUGGAUUACCGAUAACACGGAGUACUUCACCGAGCUGAAAAAUGUCUACCACGAGCUUACCGCGCGGCACAGCCAGCAGGAAAGUGUAUCAGUGCAAAAGCUAAAAAAUCCACCGCUCAUGAUGCUGGAUCCAACGGAUUUCAGCUCACUGAAGCAAACGGUUGGAGUUUCCGGUGCACUGACAACGGUGACAAUCAACUCGACCGAGAUCAAUAUCCUGGUGCCGCAAACGUUGCGGGAGGCUCUGUUCGAUGACUGGGAACAGAAGGCAGGGGUGGUUUACCUACUGUGGAGCUUCUCGAAGGCAAUGAACAUCCAACCGUUCAUCACCAGUCCCGACGGAACCAAGUACAUUAUUCGGCCACCGUUACCACCGAAGAAAGGACGCAUUGGCCAUGGAUACGAGUACGUCCCGUUCAAGAAGUGCAAACUUCACGAUCUCUUCCCGACAGAUGAAGACAUACGACUGGAUCCGUCUAUCGACGAUGAAAUAUUAGAAAGAGGAGAUCCAUUUUACGUUUCCGAAUUCACGUCCCAAGAUUACAGCCGCACGGAAGCAUCGUUCGCUUGCAUCACGCUCUUCAUAAUGGCGAUGGGAUUCGUGUUCUCGGUGUACACCUUCAUGAAUCCACGCUACAUGUUCAAACGGUUAGCAGGUGGCAUCCAUUUCAUUUCGGCAUCUACAAGUAUUGUGGUCAUACAGGUUCUAAUAGCGUCAGUCGAGUACGAGAAGGAAAAUGUUUCCUAUACCUUCCCAAAAGGCGCAAAAUACAGUUGGGGAUACGGCUUUUAUCUCGCCUGGUCCGUGUUUCUGUUCAAUCUGUACGCCGGAUUGGCCUUCAUGUGGUACUCGAAAAAGAAGAAGGGCAACAAAGCGGCUACCGAAGAGCUAGGAAUGGCCGAUGAGCCGAUCAACAUUGGACGGUAAAAAAUCACCCCGUAUAGGCUGGCAAACAAAUCAAAUUAUUGCCUCGUUUGACUCUACUCAUGAAUGUGUUCCUUCUUAUGAUCUUUUGCGUUAAUUUUUCCUCGAACUGUAACGGUAGAAGUUUAUUAUGAGAUAAUACUUAAGAAUGUGCAAAGACAGAUAAAAUGUAAAUAUGUUUUAUACUACGUUAAGAUGCAGUAAUAAAGCUAGCUCCGUUUCCAAAUCGUUAUUGCGCAACAAAGCCACUGAAUAGUUUGCCUGUAAAAGGAAAUAUAACCAAAAAAACGAAACGUUAAUGAAACCAACAAGACAUUUUUUAUAAUGACACACCAAAUGUAAAUACGCAUUGCGAAAAGCUAUAUGUUUUUGCUAUUUGUUACUUUUUCUAACUGUUAUUCGAAAUAAACGCUAUACAACAA